CUCGGAGGGCCGCCGCCGCGAGCGCCUGGCCUCCCGCGCCAUGGCUCCCAUGGGCAUCCGCCUGUCCCCGCUGGGGGUGGCCGUGUUCUGCCUGCUGGGACUCGGUGUGCUUUACCACCUCUACUCGGGCUUCAUGGCCGGCCGCUUCAGCCUCUUCGGCCUUGGCGCAGAGCCGGGUGGCGGCGCGCCGGGGCCGGCGGUCGUGGCCGACGGGGGCACCGUGGACCUGCGCGAGAUGCUGGCGGUGUCGGUGUUGGCGGCGGUUCGAGGCGGCGACGAAGUGAGGCGUGUCCGCGAGAGCAACGUGCUCCAUGAGAAGUCCAAAGGGAAGACCCGUGAGGGUGCCGACGACAAGAUGACCAGCGGGGACGUGCUGUCCAACCGCAAGAUGUUCUACCUGCUCAAGACCGCCUUCCCCAACGUGCAGAUCAAUACUGAGGAACAUGUGGAUGCAUCUGAUCAGGAGGUUAUCUCUUGGGAUCGUAAAAUUCCUGAGGACAUCCUAAAGGAAAUUACCACCCCUAAAGAGGUACCAGCAGAGAGUGUUACUGUGUGGAUCGAUCCACUUGAUGCUACACAGGAAUAUACCGAGGAUCUUCGACAAUAUGUAACUACCAUGGUGUGCGUGGCUGUAUAUGGUAAACCUGUGCUAGGAGUAAUACAUAAACCAUUUUCUGAAUAUACAGCAUGGGCAAUGGUAGAUGGUGGAUCAAAUGUGAAAGCCCGCUCUUCUUACAAUGAGAAGACCCCGAGGAUUAUUGUGUCUCGAUCUCAUUCAGGAAUGGUCAAGCAGGUUGCUCUUCAGACUUUCGGAAACCAAACUGUGAUCAUCCCAGCUGGUGGUGCUGGUUAUAAAGUUUUAGCAUUAUUGGAUGUGCCUGAUAAGAAUCAAGAAAAAGCUGAUCUCUAUAUCCAUGUGACAUACAUCAAAAAAUGGGAUAUAUGUGCUGGCAAUGCCAUUUUAAAAGCCCUUGGGGGGCACAUGACUACCUUGAAUGGUGAAGAAAUCAGUUAUACCGGCUCUGAUGGCAUUGAAGGGGGACUUCUUGCUAGCAUCAGGAUGAACCACCAAGGAGUAAUCAGAAAACUGCCAGAUCUAGAGAAGACGGGACAUAAGUAAGCAAAGCCGAUUACAGAUCACAGCUCUUCCAGAGCUUAACAGUCUGCCUGAAAUGCUGGAAGCUUCAAUGCAUCGGCGGAGACUAUGCAUAGUUAAGGCCAUCUCGAACUUUUUAAAGUAUUUAUGAAACAUCAGAGACUUAUUUUCCCUGUAAUAAGGAUGCAAGGUCAGGGAAAAUGGGUUGCUUCGUGUUUCAAGUAUUGUCUUUAUUUUUGAGACUAUUUUCGUACUGUUGUCAUACACAAGGCGCAAAUAUAUAUAUUUGUGAAUUAAAAUCUAUAGCUGAGUCUA